AUGGCCUCUAUUGGCUUAGGCAAGAUUGGAUUAAGUGACGAUGAUGAGCUCUCAACUAUUAAUGUGCGUGAUUUUGGAGCUAUUGGAGAUGGAACUACAGAUGAUUCUCAGGCUUUUCUAAAAGCAUGGAAGAAAGCUUGUGGAAUUCAGGCAGGCUAUGUCAAUUUUAUAAUUGAAAGUGGGAAGGCAUUCUUGUUGAAGCCUAUAAGGUUUGAAGGUCCAUGCAGAGCUUCUUAUAUAAAUAUUCAGGUUUUAGGGACAAUUACUGCCCCCAAAUCAAUAUAUGAAUGGGGAGGUCAAAGCGUGGACAAUUGGCUUAUUUUCUUCCGUAUCAAUGGGCUUAUAGCAUUGAGUUUCGUUGGUUGCAAUAACCUUAAACUCGAUCAUUUGAAUCUUAUCAACAGCCCAAGGAGACAUGUAGUGAUAUUCAACAUCAAUGGUGCGACCAUUUCCAACCUCAACAUAAUAGCCCCUAAAGAAAGCCCUAACACAGACGGUAUAGACAUUGGCCAGUCAACCAAUAUCCAACUCCAUUACUGCAACAUUAAAACUGGUGACGAUUGUAUAGCUAUUGGUCCAAGCUCCUUCUAUAUUAAUAUUAGCAACAUAGCUUGCGGUCCUGGCCAUGGCAUAAGUAUUGGAAGCUUAGGAUUAAAUGGAAGGACUGACAAAGUGGAAGAAGUGCAAGUAAGAGAUUGUACUUUCACUGGAACUCGGAAUGGAGUAAGGAUCAAGACAUGGGAGGGAGGGUCAGGAUAUGCUAGGAAGAUAUUGUUCGAGGGGAUUACACUAAAUGCCGCUGAUAACCCCAUCAUCAUUGAUCAAUACUACUGUCCUAAUAACAUGUGCUCGAAACAACAUACUCGGAAGAUGUUGUUUCUUCAUAUUGUAUCAAUGCCCAUGGAAGAUUUAGCGAUUCUGUUCCGCCAGUAG